UAAAUAUUGAUGCCUGUAAACUCAGCUUGUUAAUACGUCAAGCAGUUUGAUUCGAACGAAAAAUGUUCAAAUUAUUAGCUUUUACCGUUGUGACGUUAGUAGUGCUUUAUCAGCCAUUUGGUGCAGAGGCAUCCACCAAAGAUGACGUCAAAAAAGCAUUCCAUAGUCUUAUGGCAGAAAUAGACAGAGUUUUAACCCAAGCUCAGGACGCUCUCAAUAAGGCCUUAGACAAAGUUAAAGCUAAAGCAACAGAAUUAGAGGGUAAAGCAAGCGCUGAACUGGACAAGGUUUUAAAACCACUUAGAGAGAAAUUGGAUGACUUAGUUGCUAAAGCUAAAGCCAAAGGUUUUGAUGUUGCCAAAUGUCAAAAUUACGUGGACGAUUUUUCCCAAACACCCAACACCCUUGCCCAGGACCUAAUUGAAUGUAUCAACAAACAAAUAUCGAAAGCUCAAGAUUUGGUUAAUGAUGCACUGAACAGAUCCAAAGCAAUCGAGCAAGAUCUCAACACUAUCGAUGCUGAUAUUGACAAUUGUCACGGAAACGCUUGGAAGCAAGCGAAAUGCUAUGCAAAAAUUCUCGAGAGAAUUGAAAAAGAUACUAAAGACGCACCAGCGAAAAUAUUAGCCGAUGUUACUCAAGUUACGGAGUUGGUUACGGACUUGCUCCCUCAUUUGGAGGAUUGUUCUGUGGAGGAAUUGAAGCAUUCUGGAGAACAGGCUGCAAAGGAUGUGGCAGAAUUUGCUAUUUGUGCCGCAGUUUAAAAAUCCAGAAAUGGAAAUAUCUAAUUUCUUUCAACAUACAAUAUAAUUUUCAGUGAAUAAUAAAACUCAUAACAAUAAUUUAUUUUGUUUCUCAAAUUGUCAAGAUUUCCUAACAACAAAAUCUCUAUAUUAUGUUUGUUAAUAACUAUUUAAAUAAUUAAAAUACUCAUCUUCCAAAGUACUUAUAUUUCUCAAUUUUUGGGGAUCCCCCAUUAGAUCAUAAUAUUAUCAUAAAACAAAAUAAAUACCUACUCUAAGUGCCUGCCUAUACUUAUAAGUACCUACUUGCUGUUUUUUAUUUACAGGUAUUUGCCAAAAAUUAUUAGGAAAUUUUGCU